AUGGGAGACCUACCACCAGAGCAGCCCCAGCUGCCCAACCGAGUCCGAAAGCCGCGCCAGUCGCCCAACCGAGCCAGAAAGCAGCGCCAGCAGGCAGGUACGAACAAGAGGUAUUGCGAGUACUGCGAGGAGGACAUAACCGAGCACAUAAACAACAAGGAGCGAAAGGAACAAAAGGAACAAGAAGCGAAACCACUAGACAAGGAGGAGAUACUGCGUGAGUUCCUCGCUAUCUCAGACCAGGGACUGUCGCCGCUGUCGCCGCUGUCUUCGGCUUUCCGUGUGGAGAUCGCGCGCGCAGGUGGCACAGCCAACAUGAGCAAGCCUAGGGAGUCGGAUGACAUGGGCCUAAACGCCCCAUUUUUCGUGUCUUCGGGACAGUGCUGGGAGAGGAAGCCGCCGUUGACAGAUGAGUUCCUGGAUGACCUUUUGGAUGGUUUCAGCAAACAGAAGACCCAAAUCUAUAAGCGCGGAACUGGCCACUUCCCAUGCGACAGCACGCCCAUUACCCAAGUGGUGAAGCAACUUUGGUUCCCCGACCCGGAAAACCACGGGAGACACGGGCUGACAGCGCUUUCUGAAGACUGCGUCAAGCUAUGGGCGCUAUAUCCCUUAUCAGACCACAACAAGGCCGAACUGUCCGAGGUAUAUGACAAGAACUCCUUAUUUAUUGCGCUGCAGGGACGGCUAGAAAAAGGAGAGUUCUGUAUCCAGACGGCGGCGGAAGCACUCUACCUCCCACCCGGGUACAUCCACGCAACCGUAACGCUGAGAGGCGGGCUCACCCCCGGGAUACAAUUCACAACACCCCACUGCAUCACGCUGUCAGAAAAGAUGUUGAUCCUUGAUAACGAGAAAAGAGAGAUAACAAAUGAGCAUUGCAUGCCGCUACUGGAGAGCAUCCUCCUCGGCCUACGUUCCCACGAGGGAAAGCAUGUGAAGGAGGCCAAAGCGGCGCUCUGCCGGUGCUACAUGAUAUCCGGGCUUGUCCUCCCGAAUAGCGGGAAUGACUUUCUUCUACUUGUGACCACCUUCGCCACAGAGCCCGUCAAGCUUAAUCCGGACCAUAUCCUCGCCUUGAGGCAUGCGAAGCUCGACCCCCGGCCCGAGCUAUACUUUGAGUACGUCCCGGGGGGCACUCUCAAAGACAUUUUGUCUACGACGCGCUUCCAGAAGAAACAGGUCACUAUCCAGCUGCUUGACGGCCUCAAGUACCUCCACGGACAGGCGACGCCAAUCGUCCAUCGCGACGUCAAGCCGGAGAACGUGCUGGUCCAGCGCUGGGGCCCCGACGAAUUCCACGUCAAGCUCGCCGACUUUGGUUUGUCAAAGCAGUCGGAUGCCCUGAAAACCUUCUGUGGUACCGCACUCUACAUCGCUCCAGAGGUUCUCUGCACGCAGACGCCCCUGAGCAAGAACUACACGAAGUACGAUUCCAUGGUCGACGUCUGGUCUCUCGGCUUGCUACUCGUCAAGCUGGUGUGCGGUCAGCUGCCCAGGUUCCUCCAGGCCUAUGUGACGGCUGGGAUGACCUGGGCAGCAGCAGUUCGUGUCAAGAGCUCUUCAGGCAACGUCAAGGAUAGCGACAAAAACAGCUAUAAAGAUAGCGACAAGGAGAGCGAUAAAGACAGUGAUAAGAAGAGCAAUCCAGCUACACCCAAAGCUUGGCCGGCGAGUUUCACUACUGCUUCCGAAGACUCUCGGGCUAGCGAGGCGUCCACCAUCCGUCUGAGCCCCGGGAACAGCGAAGAGGGCAGCCAGAACUGGGAGUUAUCGGACUCGGGAUUCUCAGUGUCGGGAAGCGUGAGCCUUAUUCGUGACUUAGGCGAGAAUGGCUCGGCUUUUAUUGACACCUUGCUUGGCAUCGAACCGCUGGACAUGGCAUCGUCUGAGUGCUCGGACGCUCCAACUCCAGAUACCCUCCCACAUAUGACUCUGGUCGACGGCGAGCUAUGGGCCACAGGAGCAUCCACUGGAACCCAUGAUUCGGUUGCAGCCUCGGAGCAGAGCAGGCAAGAGCAGUUGGUGCCUGGCCCAGUCUCUAUUGGCUCGGAACUUGGCCGGGCUACCGAGACCCGCGUCGCGGCGGCGGCGAGAGGAGAGGAUGAUUCGGCUGCCACAUCUGCAUUGUCGCCAUCCCGGCGCAAGAGGAGAGCGGAAGGCAGCCCUGUACGUGCCAUAGUGAAAGAGUUCAUCUCGAGCGAUCCAGGCAUCGACUCGCGAGCCUUAGAGAAGAUGUUCAAAGGUCUUAACUGGAUAAACAAGCACGGCGUCCUCGUGUGGGACGUACAUGCCCGCAACUACCGGGGCGGGAUCCUGGUCGACUUCAGGAAACGUAAGAUUUCCUAG